AAAGUUAUUGUUGCAGUGAAACUGCGGUCAAGGGUACCAGCACCUACAGUCGUGAUUUAUGGUGUUCCAUUAUAAGUUGAGUUAAAAGACCUAUCAUUGCUAGCAGCGCAGACAACAACAAUCCCCUUCUCAAUUGCUGAAAGAGAAGCAAUUGCAACAAGCACGUCAGUUUUUGUCAUUCCAUCAAUCACACCUGGCAGUGCAAGCUCUGUCAUCCACGAGGCUUUGUACAUGGCAACAUGUGCACGUGGUGCAACCCCUUUUGCUGUGCCUUUUGCAUAUCCAAAGUGACUUGCUCCUAAAACGUAGUUACCUGCAGCUGUGGAUGAAGUGUGGGUUCCAUGGCCAUAAGCAUCCCUUGGGAACUGCAACUUACAAGGUCAAGGUGGUUGAACCAGAGGGUUCUACCAUUGUUGUCUCACCAGAGACUUUAGCCUUUAGAAAGACACAUGAGAAACGGAGUUACAGUGUGGCCAUGAAGUAUCGGAGUGACAAGAAUGGGAAAGUUUCAUUUGGUGAACUUGUGUGGAUUGAAAAUGGAAAACAUACUGUUAGGAGUCCUAUUGUAAUAUCACCUCCUAGUUCCCGAAAGGGUUUCUCCAGGCCAUGAUUAGGGAAUUUCCAUUGUGGCAUUGAAGCUAUGCAGGGCAUUAUCAUACAGUUCGAAUUACUGGACUGUUGAAGUUCUCAGAACCAAAUGAGAAUGAAGAAUGAAUCAGCAAGACAAGGUCCUGCAAUUUCCAGUUCAUCUAAGCAUGAGCAGUGCAGUAGCUCGGUCCAUCACAAGCAAGGUUGCCUGCCCUUUGCUGCUAGCCCGUUUUUCAAGUUUUGAGGGUGGAUGGAGUCUUUGUUUAACAAGAGAAUCAAUGGGUGAAUAAUAGCCCAACAAUCCAGGUCAGUGGGACAGUAAACAAUUAAAAUCGGCCUAUAUAUUCUUCUAAAAUUUUGAUUUAAUUAGUUUAAUCAAGAAAUAGAAGUCCACAUAAUCUUGUGUUCUACAAUAAUGCUCCUAAAGUUAAAUAAAAAAUCAGUAAACGAAUCUUAACAUAUUUUUGGAAGUAGAGAGUCAGAAGGAGUAAGAUUAACAAUAAAAUUUUUAAAGAGAAUAUUAAUAUCCAACAGAUCACUACUGUAAAACUAAAUAUGUUGCAUGUUGUGGCUUAACCACAAGUUAUAUUUUGACUGGUAAUUAUUGGCAGUAUUCCUCUAUGUUGAAUGUGAGAUAAUGUAUGAUCUUUGAUUGUGCUUAGUGUCCCGGCUUUUAGAUAGCCUCUUUUAGUUUUCUUUUUCUUGUAAAUUGAAAACUGUCCAUAUAGAUGGGGUAAUACAGAUCUUAGCAAUUG